CUCCAACACACCAGUAUUUAGGGGCUUCUUUUUCUCUCUGCUUUUUUCUCUACCUAUUAACACCUCCACCCUCAGUUACCACCCCAUUUCAGUUCCAAUUCUUCCAUGAUUCUCACCACCAUCCUUCCCUUUUCUCUCUUGCUUUCUGGGGUUUCCUUUUUCGAAUGAGAAACCACUCUACCUCAUUAUUCUCUAUAUAACAAAAACAAAAACAAAAACUUUCUCCCCUACAAAGUUGUUUUCACCUUGAAAAUUAAAACUUGGGAACUAAGCCCCUUGUUGGUUUGGUUUUGGAGUGAGUGGAAAUGGAAAACGUUUCAGUUCUGUGUAAGGAAGAGGAUAAGAUGAAUUUGCCUCCUGGGUUUAGGUUUCACCCAACUGAUGAAGAGCUUAUUAGUCAUUACCUUUACAGAAAGGUAACUGACACUAAAUUCUCAGCUAGGGCCAUUGGAGAGGUGGACUUAAACAGGUCUGAGCCUUGGGAUUUGCCAUAUAAGGCCAAAAUGGGGGAGAAAGAGUGGUACUUUUUCUGUGUGAGGGACAGGAAAUAUCCAACUGGUUUGAGGACCAAUAGAGCCACUGAGGCAGGAUACUGGAAGGCCACAGGGAAGGACAAAGAGAUAUUCAGAGGGAAAUCUCUUGUGGGAAUGAAGAAAACUUUGGUUUUCUACAGAGGAAGAGCACCCAAGGGAGAGAAAACCGAUUGGGUCAUGCAUGAAUAUAGGCUCGAGGGUAAAUUCUCUGUUCACAACCUCCCCAAAACUGCAAAGAACGAGUGGGUGAUUUGCAGGGUGUUUCAGAAGAGUUUAGGUGUGAAGAAGAGUCAUAUUUCUGGGAUGAUGAUGUUGGACUCUUUUGGAAACGAAUUGGGUUCUUCUGCUUUGCCACCUCUUACUGAUUCCUCACCUUCCAUUGGCAACACCAAAGCACUGAGUGUGACUGAAUCGCCUUACGUGCCCUGCUUCUCCAAUCCAAUUGAUGUUCCAAGAGGGAUCUUUGAUUCCUUCAGCAACAUCAACAUCACCAACACCAACACCCUUUAUGGUGUUUCUUCAAACCAUUCAUUCUACUCCACUCAAGGGGUUCAACUUCAGGCUCCACCAACUUUGCCAUUACCCGGUUCUUCAAACCAUUACCUUAGACCCAUCAUUGGUAAUCAAGGAUCAAACUUGAGGAAUGGUUUUGAAGUAGCAGAGAGGGAAAUGGUUAGUGUCUCCCAUGAAACAGAUGUUUCUACUAAUGUAAACGCUGAAAUCUCUUCUGUUCUGUCAAAUCUUGAUAUGGGAAAAAGGCACUUUGAGAAUCAGAACAAUCCAAUUGCUUCAGCUGCACCAGUGGACCUUGCUACCUUGUGGAACUACUGAUCUCAAAUAAAGAAUUUUCCAUUGGAAAGAAAAAGAAAAGCCAGCCAACUUUUCAGCUCAAAAAGAAUAGCAUCAUUUACAGUUUACCUCUGGGUUUGAUUUUGAUGUUGUCCUUGUUAUUAUUGUGUGUUUGUAUGUAUAGAUUUUAACUAAAAAGAUGUGCUGAACAAUAGUGAAGCAUAUAUUUUGUACUGUAAGAAAUCUUCUGAAGUUGCGCUGUUUUGGUCCUUUGAUUCUCUAGGUUUGUUAUGGUUUGGUUGGCACUUGGCAUGAACAUGAUUACUGUGUAUGCAGCUUGGAUUAAAAUUAAUACUAGAAUAAGAUUUGGUUGGUCUUAUUAUUAUUAUU